GGGAACGUCAACAGGGGAUUGUGGCGUCUUCUCCUCGGUCUAUAAAGGGCGUGAGGAUUACUUGCGUUCUAAAUUCCGUUUCCUACAAUAAUAUCUAUCUGUCCAUCUCCGUUCUGUGCGGUCUUCCCCUCCUGGUAUUUAUUUGCUAUGGAGUCCCUCUAAAACCUCCGAUUCGCAAAACCCACCCGUCCCCAAUCUCCAAAGACUCCCAUUUCCCGCACACAGAAGUCUCUCGCUCGAUUCAGCUUCUUUAUUGCAUUCGGCCCGUACUUUCUUGUUUUCGGCUCGGCAUUUUGUCAAUUGCUUUUUGAACCGAGGGUUUUGAUGCGAAAUUAGGGCGGAUUUGAGGGGAAAAGGACUGUACUUUACCUCGGUUUGAUGGAGGCCGCGCCCGGUGCUACCGCCGCCGUGCGUAAUGGAGGUGUUACUCUGCCGUCGAUGCCGCCGUCGUCUUCUCAACCUUCCCGUAAGCAGUGGCGUGCUGUAACCGAACAAUCGGCUCGCAACUCCAGUAACGAGGAAAUGGAGCGUUCAAAACUAGGCCCGUCUGACGAGAGAUUGAUAUAUGAGGUGCAGCAUGGGAGAGAGCCGCUUGAUGUGGAUUUCUGCUCAAUAAAUAUUGAUGGGGGCUUGGACAGUGAUAUAUUGCAGCAAAGACUUCACACUGUCGUGAAACAAAGGGAAGAAUUGCAGCAAAUAGAGGUUGACCUCCGGGCACAGGUUAUUGCAAAAUCAGAGAUUGUGGGUUUGCGGAAUACAAUUGAAGCUGAAAUAAAGGAGCAUGCAAAUGCCAUUCACAAUUUUCAGGAGCAACUGCAUGAGAAGGAAGAGAAAAUACGUGAACUGGAGAGAAAGCUGGAUGAAAAGGAAAGAGAAUUGCAUGCUAGUAGAUUGGAGAAGGACGCACAGGUUUGGGCAAAAGAGGAUCUAAUUAGAGAGCGAAACCAAGAGCUACAGAGUUACAGGAGGGAGAGGGAUACCUCCGAAGCUGAGAGAGCACAACAUAUUAAACAAAUCCAUGAUCUUCGUGAACAUCUUCAAGAAAAAGAGCGCCAAUUCGUUGAGUUGCAGGAACAGCAUAGGAUUGCUCAAGAAGCUAUCCUUUAUAAAGAUGAGCAGAUGAGAGAGGCACAAGCUUGGAUGGCUCGUGCCCAAGAAAUGGAUGCUCUUCAAUCUACCACAAACCACAAUCUACAAGCUGAACUUCGAGACCGCACAGAACAAUACAAUCAACUGUGGCUUGGUUGUCAACGACAGUUUGCAGAAAUGGAAAAGCUUCAUAUGCACAUUCAGCAGCUCCAGGCUGAACUUGUUGAUGUGAGAGAAAAGAGUGGAAUUCAGCUAGAUGAUUCACAUGGCUCCCAUACAAAUUCUAAUGAUGUUUCUCAAGUUGCACAUGCCAAUGGCAACCAGUUGGAGGUGAAUGACAGUAAUUCACCCCAGCCAACCACUGGUAUGCAGAAUGGAAAUGCUGAAACCUCCUCAGGGAAUGCAUUAACACAGACGGACCAUGUUCAUAGUGUUGCAUUUGCUCCUUCUUCCCUUUUUGGAGUUCCAACAUACCUUCCAACUGCAAUGCAUCCCUUUGUAAUGCAUCAACAAGGUGUACCACAUCCUUCACAUGUUACACAAUCUCCUUUUCACCAAUUGCCUGCAAUGUCAUCAAUUCAGAACUGGCAAAACCAACAGCCCCCCUCUGAUGGGGAACAUACGACUACCCAGAAUCAGUAUUCAGAGCAGACUGGAGAAAACUUGUUGAGAAUGGAGCCUCAUUAUAAUUUUGAAGUAUCAGGAAGUGGUCAAGCAAUCCAUGCUAAUUAUAUAGACGCUUCAAUCAAUCCAGUAAAAGACAUGGGUGGCUUGGUUGGUUUGUCAAAUGGGGAGGGACAGGUGCUCAAAUCUAUAGAUGAAAACCAUGAAAAUGCUCAAACUCAGCAGAACUUGCAGCAAAUUUCUUCCCAGUUUGAUGAUGCUCUUCGACUGGAUGCUAUUGAACAUGGAAAUGACUCCGAGGAAAACAAAGCACAUCCAGUGGGUAUUCAUGGACUGGAGAACAAAACCACGCCUAUGGAGCAGACUGGUUUUUCUAUCAAUACAUUUUCCUCUGAAGCACCGGCUCCUGCUAUAAUUUUUAGUGAAUCCUCAGAGACUGCCUCCAAUGCAGUUUUGACCAGUGCCUUUAUUUCGACUGCACAAAGGAACUUCAAUGUAGUUGGAAAAGCUGGGGAAACUUAUCUGCUGGAUGAAAGAGCGUUGCUAGCUUCUAUAGCUCGUGCCAUAGGAUCUGGUGGCAGAAUUAGGAUUAGUUCUACGCUUCCUAAUAGGCUUGGCAAGAUGCUUGCCCCGCUACACUGGCAUGACUAUAAAAGAACGUAUGGAAAGCUUGAUGAGUUUGUUGCCAAUCAUCCUGAUUUAUUUCUGGUUGAAGGGGACUAUGUUCAGCUCCGGGAAGGUGCCCAAGGAACUAUAGCUGCCAAAGCAGCUGUUGCUAAAGUGGCUGCUGCAGCUGCAGCUGCAAUGCCAACUUUGUUCUCUUCAUCCAUGGCUUCCGUAGCACUCACUCCAUUGGCUCAGUCUCACCGCUUAAAAAAAGUGUCAUCUCUAGAUUCAGCAUCUGUGAAUUCUGAUAAGGCGAGUUACAAUGAGCUUGCAGUCCCUAGAUCUUCAAAUUCUGUCAGCCAUCCUUCAUUCUUGGAAAUCCAGAAUCAAAACUUUAGCGGAGAUCCCUUUCGUGUUGCUGGGGGAAUACCAAAUGUUAAAAUAUUAAGCAAAACGAAAGAUGUUGCAGAAUCUAAUGGUACUGAAGCUAGGCCAAGCCGAACGUCAAUGCUGACUGUUGGAAAUGGAGUAAACACAAACAGAAAUGAGUUUUCUCAAAGCAAGGGACCAUCUCAUGGAAGGCAUGGUUCGAAUUUAGUUGGCAAACAGCAAAGCAGGUCUUUGGGUGCUGCAUCUAGCCAAAGAAGAUAAGAUAGAUGUUUUCAGGGUUGCAGGAGCCAUGGCAGAACUAAGUUGAGUGCAUCAAGUAGCUGAGCAGAGGACAGAGCUGGGGAUCAGAACAAGGUGCUGUCUAUUCAAUCUCAAUCAGAAAAAUUGAGUUACAUUUAUGCCUAGUAAGAAAAGUCUGAUUUCGAAUACUUGGCAGAUUGAAAAGAUUAUAACAUUCUGUCAUAUUGGAAUGAACAUAUUUUCUGGUUUGUGCUUGCAUUGUGUUGAAGCAGCAUCUAUAGCUUCUUGGCAUCUCAUUCCUCCAAAUCUUGAAACCUUAACUGAUUGCUCUUUUUUUUCCCUUUAAAAUUGCCCUAUAU